AUAACAGAUAUGCGUAGAUGUAGAAAAUGUACAAGCUGAACUGGAUCUAGAUCUAUGGUAUUUUUUAUUGCUGGUAUUUUGUCCUACUACUUUUUGUGGAACAGUCGGAGCUUUGUAAGAGCCCCUGAACGCAUCCCGAGCUCAAUGCUGGUCAGUCAGCUCCUCUGUUGUAAACACUGACCAGACGGAGCUCAACUCCGGGCGGAUCCAACCAGAACUUGGAGAGACUGCCAAAGGCACGAUGCACUGAGAGGGCCUCAUCACACUGUGGGUUCAAAAGGAGGGACUAUAAUCGCUUAAAAGUCGGGCAACAAGGUCCUCUCCUGCGUCCACAAUGACCACCUUCGAGGACAGUGGCAUGAACACCUUUGGCCCAGAGCUGCCCGCCAUGUUUGAUGGCGUGAAGCUGGCAGCAGUGGCGACUGUCCUCUACAUCAUCGUCCGCAGCCUGAACCUGAAGAGCCCCACGGCGCCGCCAGAGAUCACCUGCCAGGACACGCCGCUCAGCCGCUACCUGUUCAAAUGCUGCCCGAUGUUGACCAAAGAAUACAUUCCUCCCUUGCUGUGGGGCAAGAGUGGCCACAUUCAGACGGUCCUGUAUGGCAAGAUGGGACGUGUCAGCACUCCAACGCCCUGCGGGGUCCGCAAGUUCCUCCCAAUGCAGGACGGGGCCACGGCGACCUUUGACCUCUUUGAAGCACUUGGAGACCACAGCACAGGAGAUGACAUUACCAUGGUAAUCUGCCCUGGGAUCGGUAACCAUAGCGAGAAGAACUACAUUCGGACCUUUGUGGAUCACUCCCAGCGGCAGGGUUACCGCUGUGCCGUCCUGAACCACCUGGGAGCCCUACCCAACGUGGAGCUCACGUCGCCUCGCAUGUUCACCUACGGUUGUACCUGGGAGUAUGCCGCCAUGGUGGGCCACAUCAAACGAGCUUUUCCCCAGACGCUGCUGGUGGUGGUGGGCUUCAGUCUGGGAGGAAACAUCGUCUGCAAGUUCCUGGGUGAGAACAGAUCAAACCAGGACCGAGUGCUCUGCUGUGUCAGCGUCUGUCAGGGUUACAGCGCUCUCAGGGCCCAGGAAACAUUCCUCCAGUGGGAUCAGUGCCGGAGGCUCUACAACUUUGUGUUGGCAGACAACAUGAAGAAGCUCGUCCUGUCGCACAGGAGAAGUCUGCUUAGCAUGGCCUCCAGCAACAUUUUUGAUGCAGACCUGGGCAGACUGUACGCAGCCACGUCUCUGAUGCAGAUCGAUGACAGCAUCAUGAGGAAAUUCCACGGCUACUGCUCGCUGAAGGAGUACUACGAGAAGGAGAGCUGCGUGCACUACAUCCACAACGUCACAGUUCCUCUCCUCCUGGUAAACUCCUCAGACGACCCACUAAUUCAUCAGUCACUGCUGGCUAUUCCACGCACACUCACAGAAAAGAUGCCCAAUGUAAUGUUUGCCCUGACCCAACACGGGGGCCACCUGGGCUUCUUUGAGGGAGCAGUGCUGUUCCCUCAGCCCCUCACCUGGAUGGACAAGGUCAUAGUCGAGUACACCGACGCCAUCUGCCACUGGGAGAAGGACCGGCCGGCGUGUCGGAGGAGCGGCCACCAGGACGUGAAUUCUUACCAGCAGAGCACAGGGCCAACACUCAGUGGGUAACACACGUGGAGGUCCGGAAACAAAACAGGAGACCAAAUCUACAAAAACACACAUGCACACACUCAGCCUUCUGAACCUAUGGCCUUAUGGUUUACUAAGUAAUCCUGGGAAAUGUAGGAAUUGAUUAAAAAAGGAUGAGUGGAAGCAGGUGCACUAAUUAGUUCUAACUUGAAACCCACGUACGAUAAUAAGAAUACUGGAAGAUGUAAUCUGAUCCCAUAGUGCAUUGUUGCCUCACCUCUCAUUUAACCUCCAGUCUAACACAACGUCAGCCUUUGCUGGUUGAGUCUGGACAGCAGGAUGACUUCUGACCUGCUGCGUGUGGAAGGAAAAGUUUCUGUGUCAGUUACUAAUGAAAACCUUCCUACACUCUGUUGAAAGGUUUAUUUGUAAAAAGCAGACCAGAUCAGUUUUUAUUUAUUUUCCUAAACUAAUUUUCUUGUGCACUCCAGAGAAUAUCAGCUUUGUUGUUUUUGACAUCUCAAAAUGAUUUGGCAUGUUUUUACAGACUCUGGUGUUGGUUUGCUCCUUUAAAGAACGAAAUUUUUCUGUUUUUGCAAAUGAGCUCUUCAGAUAUUAUCAAGUCAGCUUGCAUGCAAAUUAAUCUGGUAUACGUAAUUAUACCACUUUCAUUUCAAGUAUACCUGAUGGCAUAUAUUCAUCCUAUUUGGAAGCAUAUUUUUAAUUUUAAUUCAGAAUUCGUUAGGUUGAUGACCUUAUAUCACAGUGAAUCUGCGACAGGUUUGGUUCGUGACUGAGGUACCUCUGAUGAAAACGUGCUUCUAAUUUACUUAAUUGGAUACAAGCAGAUCUUUUGUUUCCACAAAAAUAUGUUUGAAGUGUUUGAACACCCAGUUUGGUUUAUUUUUAUUCAGUGAGGCAUCAUUUCACUCAUUUUGACACCACACUGCCCUUUUUUUCUCUUUGUGGACCGUCAGCCUUCGUUGUUACUCGUCAGAGUUAGGAAAACGCAGACGUACAGACAUGCUCAUUUUGUGAUGCUUUUCUAACAGUCUUUUCUGUGUCGUUGAAUGGAAAUGCAAGUUCAUUUCAUACAAACUGCUCCAGGUCAGCUUGUCCUGUCCCACAAUGCCUUCCUGUGGUUUAAUUUUCCUAAAUGCUGCUCUCAUUAUCACCACAGAAAAGGUCCUUUUAGACUUUUAAACUGCAGGAAACAAGAUGCUGAAGGGGCGUUCAGGACAGAGCCGGGUCAAACUGUGUUUACAAAGACUUUCUACAGAAAGCAGAGAAGAUUGUGCACGUGGGAGACAAACAGUAAGAAUUAAAUUAUGCACUUACCAAACAAAUGGACCAAAGCACGUUUCACCUAAAAAAAGACACAUGGACAUCUCAUGUUGGACAUUAGUUUGAGGAAUUCUGGGAUUUGUUUUUAAGCUGCUUAUUGCUGCAUACUGGACGGGUGGAGUUUAACAAUUAAAUACAGUGAACAGAGGAGUUAACUGUUGAAACAAAGCACAGAAGACAGGGAAACCACUACGCUAAAGUUUCUUUGUUUUGUCUCAUCUCACAAUCCAGCAUAUUUCCAUGAGAAUACAUGAGGUGUCGAUGAAAGUCUCAAACAUUGAUAACAGGUGAAGUUUCUGUUUUCAUCCUGUCAGACACUGUAAAGGCACUGGGCUCCACCCAAGUCCAUGCUUGUCUUAUUAAUCAACGUUUCAACCGUCAUAUUUAAUGCAACUUAAAUUCUCUAUCUGCCCUUUAAAACACGACUACAUCUGUAUGUGUGUCUGCAGGUGCGAUAUGUCCUGACUGUUAAUGUUCUGCUUGCACUUUACUGUCUUUACAGUUACUGUUGUUCUGUAUGGCAGCAUAUAGAUGUAAACAUUUAUAAUCUAACCAUAUUGUGCUCUGUUCUGAUGUGGUGAACAGCCAUGACUGAUGAGUCAUACUUGAACUAACAGAUUAAUAAAGUUUUUUCACAUCGA